GUCGGAGCUAGCUUACCAUACAACAAUUUGUGGUAGCGCCUAUAUUGUGUGAUUAAAAAUAAAAAAUGGGAAAGAAAAAGAAGAAUAUAAGUCGGCCAAUUUCAACAGAGAGUAUAGCAAAGGGAAAUACAGGUGAUUGUAAAGUUCCAAAGAAAUAUGCUUUUGACUCAACAAGAGGGGCCUCUGCUUCAGAUGAUGUAAAUGGCAGAUCGGUAAAAAAGGUUAUUCUUCCAGCAGAUGAGGAGAGUGUUAUUAUAAGUGAGAUCUUGAAGUACAAAGAAGCCAAUGACAGUGGUAGCUCUGUGUCUGGCAGACUCACCAACAAGAAACUCACGGAUUUAUACAAUGCCCUUGAAGAUGUGGGUUUCAAGCACAAUCAGAUAUGUGAUUCCAUGCGAAGUACAGUCAGCUAUGGUGGUGAUCUUCACUCUGCUUUGGAUUGGCUUUGUCUUAAUCUCACAGAUGAUCAGCUACCAAGUGGAUUCACAGAAAAAUAUGUCCAAGAUGAAGCAAAGAAGAAGGACAGAGCUAAAUUUAUUCCAGAGGAUGAAGGAAAGGAGAAGAAAGGGAGCAAAACAUCUGGACAUAAAAAUAAAGAGAAAAAAGUUGGUAACACCCAGCAGAGCACAUCAAGUAAGGAAUGGACUCUACAGCGAUAUGCAGAGAUUAGCAGUGAUGAUGAUAAUGAUGGUGGUCUAAAAAAUGAUGGACAGCCGGAUUCCUGGAAAAGGGAGCCAAAUGAGUACUACAAAGAACUCAAAGCUUUAGUAUCUGAGACUCAAAUGCGGGCUACUGAAGCCAAGAUGAAUGGUGAUAAAAAGAAGAAGAAAGAAGCGAGUCAAAUGAUUCAAAACUUUUUGCAAAUCAUGGCAGAGGUCGAGCAACAUCCGCUCUUUGACCCCAAUGUCAAGGAUCAAGAGAGGCAACUUCCUGAACCUGAACACCAUCAUAACGCCCAAGCUGCUUCUUGUAGUGGUGGAGAUGAUGAUGAUGAUGCAGGAACCUUUGCUUUGUUUGAUACUAUGGAAGCUGAAGCAGAAUCUGCACCUUUGCCUACCUCAGAAUCCUCACCAGAAAAGAAAGCCGAAACAGCAGUGCAAUUUGAUGUGAGAGACUUCUCCUACACAAACAAGGUGUGGACUGGAAAGUCUCCCAAGCAAUUCUUGAUUGACUGGUGUAGAAAGCACUUCCCAAAGUCUAACCCUCCCAAGUAUCAGAAGAUAAAAGCACAUGAAAACCUUUGGAGAUGCAAAUUGACUGUAGAUAGACCAAAGCAAGAACCUUUGGUGUUUAGGACAGAGAUCUUGACAGAGAAUGCAAUGGAAGCACAACAUUUAGCCAGUGUACAUGCUUUCUGGUAUCUUGCAAAAGGACAGUCUAUCCACCAGCUUCUCCCGCCACCUUACCGUGAUGUAUGGCUGGAAUGGUUGGAUGCUGAGGUAAAAGAAAAAGAAGAGACAACUGAAAGAAAGAAUAAGCCUAGAGAUCAAUUUGUUGGGCAGUUGUUGAAACAGAUCAAGUCAUCCCAGUCAAGAAAGAACGAUGUUGCUAAGUUACCAAACAAGAGAGAAGAACAAGGAGAUGAAGAUGAGGAAGAAGUAGAGAGCUGGGAAGAUGCUUGGAAUGAUGAUGAGGAUGAUGAUGGAGGGAACGAGACAAAUGAACGGGAUGUGAGGAUUGAACCAAACCAACGAAAGGGACCUUUAGUAACAGACCGAACUUUGAAAAAAAUCUUGGAAAAGAAUGCGAAUACAGCUCAACAUCAGCGUUUACUAGAGGAUAGGAAAACUCUUCCUGUGUUCCAGCAUCGAGAUGAAGUCUUAGAGAGGGUGCACAAAGAUUCCAUCGUCAUAGUGGCAGGGGAGACGGGGAGUGGAAAGAGUACACAGAUACCACAAUUUUUGUUAGAGGACCGUGUGUUAUCUGGCAAUGGAGGAUCAUGUAACAUUGUAUGCACUCAACCUAGAAGGAUUUCAGCCACUAGUUUGGCUAAGAGGGUCUCACAAGAAUUGGGAGAGUCUGGACCUGGACUUAGGGACUCUCUGUGUGGGUAUCAGAUUCGUCUAGAAUCUAGGCAGACAAAGACAACUCGACUUCUCUACUGUACCACAGGGGUUCUUCUACGUAAGCUGCAACUUGAUCCAUUGCUCAAAGAUGUCUCACAUAUUAUCAUUGAUGAGGUUCAUGAGCGCAGCGUACAGUCUGAUUUCUUGAUGAUCAUUGUGAGGAAGCUGGUUCAACAGCGGUCAGAUCUGAAGCUGAUUUUGAUGAGUGCUACAUUAGACAGUCAAAAAUUGUCUGCUUACUUCUACCAUUGUCCCAUCAUUAGCAUCCCUGGUAGAACCUUUCCAGUAAAGGUGUAUCAUUUGGAAGAUGUAGUGGAGGAUACAGGUUAUCAGCUUGAGAGUGAUUCUAGGUAUGCUUUGAGAUAUGAGUCACUGGCUCAGGAAGACAAAACCACUGUUUCUGUGACAACUAAGGGUGGCAAUUCACAACAAGUUCAGCUCUCGUGGGAAACAAAUGAUGUUGCUAAUCUUGAUGAGAGUGGUCUGGAUGUGGAGAAGUACAGUAAGCAAACAAGACAGGUCAUAACUAGACUCAAUCCAGAUACAAUCAACAUGGACCUUAUUUUGGAAUUACUUAGCUACCUUGAGCAAGUGCCUCUAUUUCAAUCUGUAGAGGGCGCUGUACUGAUCUUCAUGCCUGGCUUAGCCCAAAUCCAACAACUCUACGAGCUUCUACAAGCAGAUCCUAACUUCUCCAAUACAGAUAGAUACAUUAUACUUGCGCUUCAUUCAGUCUUGUCAUCCGACGAUCAGAGCACUGCUUUUUCUGUUCCUCCACCUGGUGUACGUAAGAUCGUCAUAGCAACCAAUAUAGCUGAAACGGGUAUUACCAUUCCAGACGUCGUCUUUGUCAUUGAUGCAGGCAGGGUCAAAGAGAAUAGGUACAAUGAGCGUAGCCAGAUGAGCUCUUUGGAAGAGAUGUAUGUAAGCAAAGCAAGUGCAAAGCAAAGACAGGGUCGAGCCGGUAGGGUAAGGGAAGGCUUCUGUUUCCGUCUAUACACCAAGCAGCGCUACGAUGGUAUGAGGUCCUUCACUCAACCAGAGAUUCAGAGAGUGGCACUGGAGGAGCUCUGUCUGCAUAUCAUGAAAUGCUCUCUUGGAAACCCUGAAGACUUCCUGCAGGCAGCACUAGAUCCACCUCUCCCACAGGCAGUGCGUGCCUCUAUGUCUCUUCUAAGGGAGGUUGGAGCAUGUCUGCUAGAUACUCCAACCCUAACACCACUUGGUCAGCAUUUGGCAGCUCUCCCAGUCAACGUCCGCAUUGGCAAGAUGCUCUUAUUUGCUGCCAUCUUUGGCUGUUUGGAGCCAGUGGCAGUUAUUGCUUCAGCAAUGACAGAUAAACCACCAUUCCUUGUGCCUCUAGGGAAACGAAGCUUGGCUGAUGCUGCAAAACGAUCAAUGUCUGUAGCAAACUCCGACCACAUCACAAUCUAUAAAGCUUACUCAGGGUGGAAAGAAGCUCAGAGUAAAGGUAGAUCUGCUGAAUCUAAAUACUGUCAUGUUAAUUUUCUGAGUAGGACAGCUCUCUUAAAUAUGGAGAAUGUAAAGAGAGACCUCAUGCAGUUGGUCAAGUCUAUAGGCUUUAUUCCAUCAACAACUAAUCAGAAUACUCCUAGUUCCUCAUCAGCAAAACAGAAGUCACUUUUAUCCAAGAUGGAGGUUCUAGAGAUCAGUAAGACUGAAUCAUCAUCUGGAUACAAAGAUGUGUUCCCGUUGACAACAUCCAAUACUGCUUUACUCAAGUCUGUUCUCACAGCAGGUCUGUAUCCUAAUGUUGCCAAGACAACCUAUGAGCCUCCUGCACAUGGUAUGAAGGAUGAUGAAAUAAUAUGUCGAGCUGAUACCACUAAAGGACCAGUAACUGUUCAUCCAUCUUCCGUUAAUCGGCAGCUAGGCACCAAUGGCUGGAUGUUAUUUUCAGAAAGGGUGAAAUUAUCCAAGGUUUACAUCAGGGAGAGCUCGUUGAUAACCCCAUAUCCUCUUCUGUUGUUUGGUGGAGAGAUAGCUGUUCAUCAUAGACAAGGUUUUAUUAGCAUAGAUGAUUGGAUUAAAUUCCAGGCUUCCGCAAAAACCGCAGUCAUCUUCAAAGAGCUUAGACUUCUACUCAAUGUCUUCUUAGAGAAGAAACUUGCCAGUCCAGCUCUACAGAUACAAGAUGAGGAGGUGAUCAAAGCUCUACUGAAGUUGCUCAAGUCAGAGAAGGCCAGGUAGCAGGAAAAAGAAGCAUCUAGCUUUAAGGAAUUACAAUGAAAGAAAAUAAAAAUACAAUAUGUCCACGAUAAUCUGUUUUAUAAUAGAAAGUUAUAGCCACAUUUAACAUCCUUUUCCACAAAUAUUUAUGAUAUACUGUACUUUCUUGGACAAUAAAGAGUACCUGACCCCCCCCCACAAAAAAAAAAAGUUAAACAAUGCUUUGCUAAAACUUAAACAUCCCAGAGGUAUUUCAUGAUGUGUAUCUAGACUUUACAAUCAAGUGGAACAUGUCAAAAUUGUUUUUUUCAAUUAUUUAUAGUCUUGUAGCUUAAAGGUCAAG